AUGUUUGCUCCGCUGGGACUAUUCAAAAGCGUGGCCUGUCCUGAGGGACCGCACUGCAGACAAUUGAACUGCAUCUUUCUGCAUUCAGAGACAGAAAAUGAAGAGCAAAAGCCAGAAGCUCCGGGCUUGGAUGUCGCGAAGGAUGCUGUCAGGGAAUCCGAACCAGCCAGCAAAAGGAGAAAGCUCGCACAUGAUGACCAUCACACCGGCCAACCUGAGCAAAAGACAAAGCUGACACGUCACGAUGCUAAGCCCACAGCACCUCGCGACAUAAAUGACCUUCCAUCAGCACGUAGAAAGGUGUCUCCGCCACCACCUUCAAAGACACAGGAGACAGCGAAAGAAGAUGCAAAGCAGAAACUACCAGCAGAUCCUGCUGUAUCGGCAUCUGCAGCAGCAGCAGCAGGAGCAACAGCAAAGUCGGUCCCAGAUGCUAUGCCAGGCUCGACAAGGAGAAAAGCCCUGCCGAAGCAAUACCUGAACCCGAGAAUGCUCAAGAAAGCGCCUGCAACUCACGCAGUGCGAACAUCCAUCUUACUCAAACUCCACGGCGCAAUGAAGGCUCUGAACGAGAAGGCGGCGAAACUCAGAAGCCCCGAAAGGCCAUCACUCGUGCUCUCGCCCGACGAACUGAUUGUAAUGGCACUAGACGAAGAGCAGAAAACGGCGAUUGACAACCCUCGGGUUUAUGGGAAUGUGAUCAAGCUUCGAAUUGUCCAACUUCAAAAAAUGACUCUGGAAGUAUGGGAAAAGGAAGUUACAGCAUACCUCAACUCGCGGUACUACAAAAUCAAACCGCCGCCCACCACAAAACCAACCCCCAAGGCCCAAAGGUUCACGACGGAUCUGAAAGAAGAUGAAGAAAUCAUUAUUGCUCGCAUGCUUCGGACAGAGCUCAAGGGCAAAGAGCAAUUCGGUUAUAUCACCAGGGUCCCUACAGAUACAGAAAUUGCGGAAGCGAGGAAAGGCAUGGAGGCUGCGCAGGGUUGGGAAAAGUGCGAACGAUGCGCUGGGCGGUUUCAGGUAUUUCCUGGCCGUCGAGAAGACGGGUCUCUCGCCUCGGGAGGCCGUUGUACCUAUCAUCCCGGCAAGAUCGUGAGGCCAGCGAGGAAGGCUACGGAUCAUAUAACGGGUCAGGCGGAGGCGUAUUAUCCCUGCUGCAAUGAGACACUGGGGACAUCAGCAGGAUGCACAAAGGCAGAACAUCAUGCAUUCAAAGUAUCAGAUCCCAAGCGAUUAGCCGCUGUGCUACAAUUCGAAGAAACCCCGACCCGAGAAAAGCCAACAACAGAGCCUCGGAAACCAGUGACUUUUGAUUGUGAGAUGGCCUAUACAACUCUCGGUUUGGAACUGGUGCGAUUGACGGCGCUGAGCUGGCCUCAGGGGGAAUUACUACUUGAUGUGUUGGUCAAGCCCAUCGGGGAGAUUUUGGAUUUGAACUCGAGGUUUUCCGGCGUCUUUCCAGAGCAUUUUGCGACUGCAGUGCCAUAUGGGACAAUACCAAAAACUGCAAUCACUGCCACUGCCGCUGCCGCUGACCUGGAGAAUGGCGAAAUCAAGCCUUCUUCUCCCAUGCAAGUUGUGGACUCUCCUGCUGUCGCGCGGACACUGCUUUUUGAAUUUCUCGACCCCGAAACGCCGCUCAUUGGACAUGCGAUUGACAAUGACCUGAACGCGGUGCGCAUCAUCCACCCGACUAUUAUUGAUACUGUUCUGCUGUACCCGCAUCCAAGGGGCCUACCGCUGCGAUAUGGUCUGAAGCAUCUUGCCAAGUUAUACCUUGACAGAGACAUUCAAAUGGGCGGAAACAGAGGGCACGACUCGAAGGAAGAUGCUCUGGCGACCGGUGACCUGGUCCGGUUCAAGGUGGCUGAGAAAGCCAAGAUUCUCAAAAGGGCUGGAUGGACAAUGAAGGCAGGAGGAGUCUUAUAA